AUGGCUGUUUCAUCGCGUGAAGAGUAUGUAUACAUGGCGAAGCUCGCUGAGCAGGCGGAGAGGUACGAAGAGAUGGUGGAGUUCAUGGAGAAAGUCUCCGCCGCCGCAGAUGGCAGCGAGAUCACCGUCGAGGAGCGAAACCUCCUCUCCGUCGCUUACAAGAACGUGAUCGGCGCCCGCCGUGCCUCGUGGAGGAUCAUCUCCUCGAUCGAGCAGAAGGAAGAGAGCCGCGGCAACGUUGACCACGUCAACACGAUCCGCGAUUACAAGACGAAGAUCGAGUCGGAGCUUUCCGGGAUCUGCGACGGGAUCCUCAAGCUGCUCGAAUCCACGCUCAUCCCUUCCGCUGCUUCUGAGGAUUCCAAGGUCUUCUACCUCAAGAUGAAGGGCGAUUACUUCAGGUACUUGGCCGAGUUUAAGAUCGGCGCCGAGAGAGAAGCCGCCGCCGAUAGCACCCUCUCUGCCUACGAGUCUGCUCAGGAAAAUGCAAAGGGACUCGCUCCAACACACCCAAUCCGUCUUGGUCUGGCAUUGAACUUCUCUGUGUUCUAUUACGAGAUCCUCAAUUCUCCUGACCGUGCCUGCAACCUUGCUAAAACGGUUCUAUACAUGACUAUGCCAAGAAACAUGAGUGAAACGGUCUCAAUCCAAGGGAGGAACAUCAAAUGGACCAGGUUUGGAACCGGAAGAGGUAAGGAGUCUGAAAUGUAG